GAGAGAGAGAGAGAGAGAGAGAGAGAGAGAGAGAGAGAGAGAGACAGAGAGGCAGUGAGACGCAUGGGAUGCUGAUGACUGAUCCUCACUGAGAUGAUGCUAUCGAUCAGGCUUGCGGAUGCUCUCCACUUCACUUUGAAAAACAUGCUGAUGUGCGCAAUUCGACUUUUUUUCUGUUCCUCAUCGGCUAAUUGAAUAAGGUAAUGUGAGCAGCAGAGCCGCACACUGCAUGGGAAAGCCGAGUCAUCGAUGCAGAACCCCUCAGCGCUGUUCGGGAUGGUCAGCCACUGUCAGACCCCCACUUUUACAGACUUCACCGGCUUGUCGCUCUCCGUGUACGGCAGCAAGGCGGACAUCUGUACGCGGCGGGCCGGGAGCGCUGGUUUUGGAUCGCAGAUUUGCCGGACUUCCCAUGACACCCUGAGUCAAAUGAACUGCGCCAGCCCAAAGAGUCUCGGCGCAUCCGAAGAAAAGGCGCAUCUGGCAGCCAAAGCUCCGCGCUCGUGCCUCUCUCUUCCACCCGUGCAAGUGAACGGUGCCUACUGCUCAGAGAAGGAUUUAGACAUUGAGCUAGGGGACGCUGAGGGCACCCUGAUGCGAUGUGGGCAGAGCCUGCCACUGCUGGUGGGGGGUCAUUUAGGGGGGCUUUAUUCCCAGAGCCUCCACUGCGACAGACCUACACCCGACCUCAUUCUGCAGGACGGCCCUCACCAAGACACCAGGUCCUCCUCUGCCUUCCAGAGGACCCUGCCGGGGGCCUCACCCAGCCUGGGCAGCGGCAGUGCCAAUGCGGCUCGCUCCUCUCUCCCUUACCCAAUCAAACAGGAGAGCUCAAUGGGCUACAAGAUCUCCAACACAGCGUCCGGGGGCCACAGCACGUCUCAGGCCGGGUUUCAAAACUGUAGGGCAGGCCAAGUCUUGGGGAUGACGAGGGACGAGAUAGUUGGAGCGCCUCACGUUAGCAACAGCGGUAGUGGCGUAUGCACAUUGAGCGGUGUAGGUAGUGCUGUGUCGGAGGACACAGUGCAACCGUUUAAUAAUGAAGAUGGCUCCUCCCCGCUGGCUUUGUCCCCAACUGGCUCCCGUCAUUCAGCGCGGCUGCUCAGUGCUAGCAGUCUGAGGAGACGCUGCCUGUCCCUGGCCUCACAGUCCACUGCCACUGGCAGCGUCGCUGCCACAGGUUCCCCAUCGGCUACCGGCGCUGCUUCCGAGGAGAUCAAUAUCACCGCCAUCAUCUGCUCCUCCUCCCAGAUGUCGAUGGUUGCCUGCGUCAACGGUUUCCGCACUAACCUCUCGCCCAGCCACGCCAGCAGUGCCGGCUUCUCAUCCUCUUCCUCCUCCUCUUCUACAUCCCCACCCUCUAACUCCUGCUCACGGGAAGCCCCCCAGAGGCCCCCACCUCGCGGCAGCCCCCAGCAGGCCACGCUACAGGAGAGCUGUCAGCUAUCCUCACCUGCCACCUGCCUGCUGUCCCUUUCCUCCUCCUCCUCCUCCUCCUCAUCCUCCUCUUCAGUGUCAUCAGUGGAGCCGGAGCAGGGCCAAGGGCAGAGCCAGGGGCUGUGUGAGGAGCGGGGCUCCAUGCUGCAGGGGCGUGGGGCUGGAGGAACAGCCGGGGGAGGUGUGGGAGGAGGAGGAGGAGGAGGCUCGGACGGGUUGGGGCUACUGAUGAGCGGGGCCCUGAUGUCUGGGAUGCUGCAUUCAGGGCCUGAAGCCGGGGCGAUCCUGGAUGGGGGCCAAAGAUCAGGGGCUGCCCUCAAACAGGAGCCCCUGGAUGAUUUUUCUCCCAGCGAAGACGAACUCUUUCAGCACCACUAUCAUCAUCACCAGCACUUGAGUGGUCGUAGCGGGCACCUUUGUCAGCCCCACCACCCCUCUCGCCCUGCUAUGCCUCCGCCCUACCACCUACACCAAUACGUGGGGCCCAGUCCUGGGGGCCUGCUGCACCACCAAAACCAGCAAACAGCACCAUCCUCUUCCCUGGGACUCAAACCGACCUCUGGAGGCCCUCCUGGGUCUCACUCAGCCCCAGAGCGGGAAGAAGUCGGAGGAGCGCUGGUCGAUAAGCAGGUGUGUCGCUGGAUUGACUGCAGUGCUGCGUACGAGCAGCAGGAGGAGCUUGUGAGGCACAUUGAGAAGGUCCACAUCGACCAGCGCAAAGGUGAGGACUUCACCUGUUUCUGGGCCGGCUGCAUUCGCCGCUACAAGCCUUUCAACGCCCGCUACAAGCUGCUCAUUCACAUGAGAGUCCACUCCGGAGAGAAACCUAACAAGUGUAUGUUUGAGAGUUGUAACAAAGCGUUUUCACGUCUGGAGAACCUGAAGAUCCACCUGAGGAGCCACACAGGAGAGAAGCCGUACCUGUGCCAGCACCCAGGCUGCCAGAAAGCUUUCAGCAAUUCCAGCGAUCGCGCCAAGCAUCAGCGCACUCACCUGGACACGAAGCCGUACGCGUGUCAGAUCCCCGGCUGUACCAAGCGCUACACAGAUCCCAGCUCCCUACGCAAACAUGUAAAGAUCCACUCGGCCAAAGAGCAACAGGUGCGUAGAAAGCUUCGGCCCUGUCCUCACCUGGAGCAGGACGUCCUGAGUGACUGUCUGUCCAUUCAGCACCUCCAGAGCUCCACCUCCUCGCAGCAUCUCUACAACGGCAAAGAUGGCCGUUCUCCUGGACUGGGCCAAGACAUCUUCGCAGGCCUGUACCCUGGCUCCAGCACCCCCCAUCACAGUGCCCCAGUGGAGCUCCUCUCCCCUACCCCCAACCCCACCUCCGUCUCCACCACGGACCUGCCCUCCCGACAACACAGACUGGACCGGGACCUUGGCAGCCCUCAUCACCUGUCCCCACUGGCUGCCAUGGACGGCACAAGAGACGGGGUGUCGGGUCCCCUCCUGUCUCCAGGCAUGAAGGGAACAGGGACACCGCCACCUCCUCCUCCUCUGGAGAAACAGCAUGUCCACCCUCACCACAAGCCCUACUCUCACUAUCACCACCAUCAGUCUGCCAACGACGAAUACCAAGGCAGCUUUCAGAGCUGCUUCCACUUCGGAGACUCUUACAGGAUGGAGCAGACGGUCGGCGGUGUCCACGUCCCAGGAGAUUCUCAUGCCUACGCUUCCCACCAGCACAACGGCUUCCACAUGUCAACUAGCAGCACUGGCACUGCAGGCUUCAACCUGACCCAGGAGCUUCAAGGUGGCGCAGGGUGCCAGUUCUCCCCGAGCCCAGAGGAGAGCAUUUUCUUCCAGGUGGGCAACUUCGACCGCAGCCUGAGCCACAUGUCCUCCGUCUACACGGAGACAUAGAGCAACACUGGAGCAGGGUACGCUUCACCACAUCUACUCUGCAGUCCUUCCACACCCAUCUGUUCACACUUGGAUCCCCUCUUUGCUUUUUUUUUUUUUUUUUUUUCAUCAUACACGAUAUGGGUCUAAUAGGUCAAAUAAUUUACAUCUUAUUCUGACCUACUUUGCUGCCAGAUGGAUGUGAAACCAGCGAGAUGAAACACACGUAUACUACUUAUACAUGACACCAUCUGAAUGGUCAAGAGAUGCAAAUUACACUAAUAGUCAAAAGUAGGUUCCCAACCUUUAAGGCUUCUGAGCCAUUUCAACGAAGAUGUCGUCAGCAGGUUGCAUAUGUCUUCCAGUUGUGACUAGUUUAACCAAAAAGUAAUUCCCUUGUCUUUUGUGUAUCAUUUCCACGAGUAAAAUGAUCCAGUAAUUCAUAAGAAAAUAGACAAAGAUCUGGUUCUUGCUCUUCUGAUUUUUGAUCACUUUAAAUAAAAGGAGUGACACAUAAUUAAAUU